CCCCUCCGCUCUUUGCCAAGAACAACGCAGAGCAAAGCUACUUUUGAUUCCCCUUCUAAUCUCCGAAGCAUUUUGCUCUCGGCCGUCUUCAAUCCACUCACCGGCCAUCUUCGCACAGGCCCCUCGGUUCUUGCUGCUCGAUUUUGCUUCCGGAGCUGCGGGAUUCCGCAGGGAUCGGGCCGAUGGGUAGCAGGGUGAAGGAGGAGGAGAGGAACGAGAAGAUCAUCCGGGGCCUGCUCAAGCUCCCCGGCAACCGCCGGUGCAUCAACUGCAACAGCCUGGGUCCACAAUAUGUAUGCACAAGCUUCUCAACUUUCAUCUGCACUAAUUGCAGCGGAAUACAUCGAGAAUUCACUCAUCGUGUAAAAUCAAUAUCAGUGGCUAAAUUCACUUCUCAAGAAGUUUCUGCUCUUCAGGAAGGGGGCAAUGAGCGUGCCAAAGAAAUUUAUUUCAAACAUUGGGACAUCCAAGGCCAGUCUGUUAUUGACAAUAGUGAUGUAGAUGGACUCAGAACCUUUAUCAAGAAUGUAUAUGUUGAGCAGAGAUACACAGGUCAAAGAAUUGGUGAUCAUCUACCACAAGCAAAGAUCCAGGGUAGUCGGGACUCUUGUGGAAACAGGAAUGAGGAUUCAUCUCAGGUUGUUUUAAGAAGUCCAUAUGUUGGAACUUAUGAAGAUAAUCAUGGUCCAAAGCCUAUCAUAGAAGGUCUCUCAGAAGAUCAAAACAAUUCCAAUGAACAUCCAUUAGGUCAUACAGUGGAUCGAAAUAAUAGCUCUAACUUUAGAAGCCAUCUGCGUCCAGAUGAUCUUCCGAAAACUGGUGGAAAAUCAGAAAAUGAUCAGAGGGAUGUGACUGCAUCAGCUUCUUCUGUACUACAAGCUUCCAAAAACACUAAAAGUAAUAAUGUGAUUCUGCCUAUCAGACUUCCUGAUCCUCCUAGGUCUCAUAAAGCAACAACAUCUAAUGCCUCUGCUGAAGCACAGAAAUCAACAUCUCAGUGGACCAAUGAUCCCAGACCUGGAAGCAUGCAGGAUGCUAAAUUAUAUGUGUCAGAAAAUCUGAUUGACUUCGAUUCAGAUCUAGAACCUCCUCAAGAUGUUGUUCAGACUAAAAUUCAGAAGAACCCUUUACCUCCGACAGAUAUUGGUUGGGCUACUUUUGAUGUUGCUACUCCCCAAAACACUACAACCAUGACUUCAACUUUCAGUACCAAUUCUUUAGAGGGUUCAAUGCUACAGAUCCCUAAUUCGGCAUCAAUGCCACAAAGUAGACUUCCAACUGUGCAAACUGCCAAGUCCUUGUCCUUUUCCCUGGCAAAUCAUGGAAGUCAACAGCACCAACAUUAUUUCUCCCCUGUGAAUAAUAUCCAGUCUAGUAAUCCUCCAUUGAACAGAACUACUAGUGCUCCAGUUGAUAGCCAGUUAUGGAGAGCUGCAUCACAUGCGCCAAUGCUACAAGGGAAUAGUAUUCUUCCUUCUAAUCAGGGUUCAAAUAUAUUAAUAGGAAAUCGUGAUCCUGUUACAGUAUCAGCGUCACAGCAACUUCUUGCUGAUAUCACAUCUAAUGGAAGAAAGGCGCUUCCAGAGGAUAUUUUUACAAUGAGCUAUCGUCCAGUAUCUUCAUCCUGGAAUUGGCAACCAAAUCCUCGUGUAAAUAUGGGAUAUGGACAAUAUGGCACGCAUUAUCCUGUUGGGAUAACUCAACAUGCCCAUCCAUACAAUAUAAAUCCAGUUAACCUGGCAAGAGGACCUACAUCUGCUCAUGCUUCCUCCAGAUUCCCAUCAUUAACUUCUAUGCAAGAAGCAUUACCAAAUGUGGCCAGUACGGCCUUGUUGCCGCAUGCUCCAGGCAUGGGAUCUGUUGGAUCAGUUCUGUCACCUCGGCAAGUUGCAUUCCCAUCAACAGCAGACAGUAAUCAAUACAUGAUCCAGCAACAUGCAGUUAAAGUACAAAAUGAUACUUUCCCCAUCGGAUACGGAGUCAGAGGAUUCGCCACAACAGCCACCGCAUAUGGUUUAUCUCCAAUGGAUCAACAUUUGGCUGCUCAAAAUGCUUUACCCCGAGUUGGCGGAAACCCAUUUGCUUAGAACUGGUUCAGGUACCUCGGUGUUGUCAUUGUAUAUAGUGAUAGGAUUUGAAGCUAUGUUGGUAUGUCAUGUAUAAGUGCCAGUUUAAUAGUGGAUAGCAGAAAAGAAAAAGUUGUUUUCCUUGCAUUAAGUAGAAUGUGAAGAAAUGCCCUACCGGAUUUGUGUAUAGCAAUUUGUUUUUGCUUAAAGAAGUCAAAUGGUAUUGUAAAUUGGAUUAACUCCCCCAUAUGACAUAAGUGAGAAUGUGAGAUAGUACUG